AUGGACGGCGACGCGGGCAAGACGAGGACGAUGAAGACGGUGUGCGUGACGGGCGCCGGGGGCUUCGUCGCCUCGUGGCUCGUGCAGCUCCUCCUCUCCCGAGGCGACUACCUCGUGCACGGCACUGUUCGCGACCCGAGUGAUCCCAAGAACGCGCACCUGAUGGCGCUGGACGGCGCCGGGGAGCGCCUGCGGCUGUUCAAGGCCGAUUAG